AUGAGAUUCUUCAAAGCGUUCAAUCCAUUGGGAAGAAGAGCUGUGCACCAGGCCAGCAUUCUCCCAGGGCCUCUUGCUCUUGCUGGUGGUAUCAUCGGUUUGUCAAUUGGAGGUUACUACUGCCUCGACUCCAGAUCUGCCAUCCAUGAAUACGUCUUCUGUCCACUUAUCCGUGCUUUCACGGACGCUGAAGAGGGACAUAAGCUUGGUAUUUCCCUCUUGAAGUAUGGCUUGGCACCUAAAAUCCUGGAUCCCGAGCUCAACGCCGAAGAUGCGAAGAUUCUUGGUGUAGAUGUGUUUGGCACUCGUUUGCAAUCCCCAAUUGGUCUUGCUGCCGGUUUGGACAAAGACGGUGAGGCUAUUGAUGGUUUGUUCAAUACUGGAUUCUCCUAUGUCGAGAUUGGCUCUAUUACUCCCGAGGCCCAACCUGGAAACCCACAACCUCGGUUUUUCAGAUUGCCCAGAGAUGACGCUGUUAUCAACAGAUACGGGUUCAAUUCCACCGGCCAUUUCAGCGUUAUUGCUACUUUGCGUACCAGAUUCUCGAAGUUAUUUGGACAAAGCGGUCAGGAUGCACCCUCAAAUGCUUUCAGAAACGGAAGACUUCUUGGUAUCAACUUGGGUAAAAACAAGUUUGGUGACGAAGUCGAAGACUACGUGAAGGGCGUGGACCGUUUGUCUCCAUAUGCCGAUGUUUUGGUCAUUAAUGUUUCUUCCCCUAACACCCCAGGAUUGAGAGAUUUGCAGAGCGAACUGAAGCUCACCAACUUGUUGACUACUGUUGUGAGGGAAAGAGAUGCCGCCGGUGCCAACUUGUUGGGUAAGAUUCCUCCAGUCAUGGUGAAGGUUGCCCCAGAUCUUACUGAGCCAGAAAUUGAAUCCAUUGCCAACUCCGCUAAACUGGCCAAGGUUGACGGGAUCAUCAUUUCCAACACUACGAUAUCACGUCCUGUCGAAAGCUUGCGUACCACCAACAGGGAACUCAUCAACCAAGCAGGCGGCUUGUCGGGAAAGCCUUUGAAGCCUUUGUCCUUGAAAGCCUUGCGCACUCUUCGUAAAUACACCAAGGACUCCAAGUUAGUGCUCGUUGGAUGUGGUGGAAUUUCUUCUGGAAAAGACGUUCUUGAAUUUGGUAAGGCCGGAGCCACAUUUGUGCAGCUCUACACCGCCUUUGCCUACAAGGGGCCAGGCUUACCUGCUCACAUUAGAGACGAAUUGUUGGCCGAAUUGAAAAAAGAGGGCAAGACAUGGCAGGAAAUUGUGGGUCUGGAAUGA